CAACAGCCCCAUAUUGCCAUCUGUCGGUAUCGCACCGGAUGCGCCACAUUCGCGCUACUUUCCUCGAACAGAUGCUUGGGGAUCUUCUUGGGGGGAGUGGUCCAUCGGUGAAAUAUUUUUCUGUCUUGAACGGGCCACACCUCCCCUAGACACUCCCAGCACGAGGCCCACGUGGUUCCCAGAGUUAAAGAAGUACACGUUCACUCAUUCAAACUUGUACCCAGGAGAAGGGAAAGCCGGCGAGGUAAUGAUCGCUCCAUUUCUAGCAUUCCAUGAGUCGGAGUCGCUCGGUACCUGGAAAGAUUCUGGUAGCCAGCUUUUCACGCUGGUGUCUGUUGCUCUCGGAGGUGCCCGCAAAUCAGAAGCGGGGAAAACACUCUUCGAGCGCGAUUCUGGUGUUGCGAAUAUCGCCGAGCAGAGCUACACCGUUUGGGCCUGCGGUGAGAUGGGGACUUUCGUCAUGGUUAGUAUGAAAUUCGUUGAAACGAACGGUGCGAUCGUGGUUUCAGUUUCUGAGCCGAAAAGAAGCGAUAAUAUCUCUGAAUGUCCAAGCUCUGGAGAAGUUGCUCGAAGAAUGAAUAACACGAUCAAUGAGACAAUCGCACAGCACGAAUCAGCCAUCGGGCUCGGUGUGAGUGCAAUCGAGGUUGUUAUUUACAUGCCGUAUGAUCUCUAUCACUUGUCCGCGGAGGACUGUCAGAAAUUGCCAAAAAUUAAUUCGCAAGCCAUGGUAUUUCUCGGAAACAUGGCGAGGAAUGAGGAUGAGGUGUCGGUUAUACACAAUUUCAACAGCUCGACUGUUUUCAGCUCGAGCGAAUGUAGCGGAGACGUGAAUGCGAUGUUUGAAGAUCUCCCUGUGGUCAGUGCUCCUCAGAGCGACUCUGAAUUUACCGCAUUUGGUCUUAUCGCGACAUGCGAGUACCCAGCCAACAACAAAUCGAAUAUCACCCUCGAAGGUGAGGCAGCGAUGAAAAUAAUCAAACUUCAGAUUGUCUACGAUGACACAAGCACCGAAGUCUCCCAAGUCGAAACACGAAUCAAGCGUGUUGAAGGUUGUCACUAUAAGACGCACCUCGCUUCCGAAGUUCAACGCGCCUGGAACUGCGCGGAAGACUUAGGGAAUGCAACAAUCUGCCUCAAGGGCAUCACCUUUUUACAGAUAGGGUCACUGCCACCAUCUCCUCCUGCAUCUCCUCCUUCGCCGUCGUCGGGCUCUCUACCGUUUCUAGAUGGAGAGUGCUCGUGCGUUUCCUGCUAUACUCUGCACGGCUUCAAAGAUCUAGACGCCGUGGAGGCAUUGGGCAAACAGGAAAAUGACUGCGGGGCCACCUGACACGAAAUGUUGAAAAUGAUAUUCUUGUCCACGCCGCACAUUUUUCACCGUGUUAUAAAUAAGAUAUGAUGUAAGCACACG